CUUACUCCCCAAACACAUCGAAGGGAUUCACAUCCAAAAGCCAUGUUUCAGCCUUCGUCCUCGUCGGCACCCAACUACAGUGGCCUCUCCAUGCACCAUGAAGUGAGCUUCUCUUCUGCUUUGCCCACAGCUCCAACCGAAAUUCCUCGCGGCGGUUUCUUCCAUGACAACGGUGGCCUGUUCGUUCCAAACGUCGCCGCGUCGGCGCCACCUCCCUACCCCUCUUCCCUCCCUUCCUACUAUAUCCAUAGGAACACCAGCUCACACUUCCUUCCUCUUCACCACCAAUUGCCUGAUCCCCUCAGCAGUAAUGCCACCUUCUCUUGCUCGUCUCCUUCGGCAUGCCAGCUGCCUCUUCACCGUGUCCCUUCCUCCCCUUCCUCAUCCUCUGGCGACUUGUUGGAAUUCAGCACUGGAGCCAUGCGGCGUGUCUUCAGUACUGGUGACCUCCAGGUUAUGAAUGUAUCACCGUCUCCGCCGCCGCCACUUUCAGGUGACACGCACAGCCAGGACGCAGGGGGGGCUUUCACUCAGAAGGUCGGGCGUUACAGCGCUGAAGAACGGAAGGAGAAGAUCGAGCGGUAUCGUAUCAAGCGUCAACAGAGGAACUUUCACAAAAAGAUCACUUAUGCCUGCAGGAAGACGCUGGCAGAUAGCAGGCCAAGGGUCCAGGGCCGUUUCGCGAGGAACAUCGAGACAGAGGCCGAGGCUGUUGCAGGCCACGAGCAGGAGGCCUCCGACAACAUCUAUGAACAGUGCAGCUACAGCAACCUCAUCUACAACAGCAGCAACUGCUACGACAACCAGUGCAGGGAAAGUGGCAAGAGCACAACGUUUGACGACGGCAAGUGGUGGUGGGAAAUUCCGGUGGCAACAGCAGCCAAUGAGCAUCAUGGGCACCACCACUACCAGCAGCUCCUUGGUUUCGACGUCGACGAUGACGAAGACGAGCUGUGGGCCAGCCUAGCUGACAUGUGCUCUGGGACCUGAUCUGGCCUCAGGCUCGGGGGGUGCUCCUGAAUCCUGAUUGGUGUUGUCUGGUGCAAGGAAGGCAGGGAGCUGCGAGCGGCGGCUGCCGAAUCAGUGUGGUGGUCAGAGUGGCGUUGCUGACCUUCUUGCGUCCUAGUGCAGCUUAGGCUUUAGGAGAAGGGUAAAAAAAAUGAAAAACACAUAGAUGGAAAAGAACUUCUCGUGUAAGAACAGCUUGUUUUGUGU